GUCGAGCUAAAGAUGUCGCCUAAAUUCGCUCUUGCAAUCCUGCUCCUCAGCUGCGUUCUCCUGGGAAUCGCAAAUGGCCAACAGCGUUACCAGCAACGCCAGCAGUACAACCGACCAAGGGUUGGAGCUCGAAACAUGCCCCCUCCUGAUGGCGGUCUUCCCCCAGACAUGGGUCCCCCACCGAGUGGUGGUGUUGAUGGAGGUGCCUUCAACCCCGAUUGCAUGCCCAACCAGUUGGCCAGUAAUGUUCAUGACACCAGGACACCUAGGCCCAGGCCCAAGGCAGGAUAACCACAAACUUGGACCGAACCCCAUGGCACGACUUCACUGACAACAUUUAUAAAAACCAAAAAAAAAAAAAAUUUUUAGUAAAUUCAAGAACUCUAUACUUUUUUCGAGAGUAAUAAAUAUAAAUUAAAUUAAAAGUA